AGAGACAAGUGGGAAUUUCAUGAGCCAGAAAAGUGGGUCCCAACAACCUCAUUUUGGCUUUACAAGUGGUAGGAAAAUAUGACAUCCGACAAAUCAACAUUGCACUACUUGAGUACUUGUCUGCUUCCAUCCUGAAAUAGUCGUGAUCAAGUUGCUCUCUCCAUUAUUGUUGUUGUUGAAAGUUCUUAAUCAAAGCAAAAAUCUUAAAGAGGGAUGGAAGGAGGUGAUAGAUUUGUUGGGGUAGCAGUAGAUUUCUCAGCAUGCAGCAAGAAAGCUUUGAAAUGGGCGAUUGAUAACAUUAUUCGUAAAGGGGAUACCCUUAUUCUCGUUACUGUGCGCCCUGAAGGACACUAUGAAGAAAGCGAGAUGCAACUCUGGGUGGCCACUAGUUCUCCUUUCAUUCCCUUAUCCGAGUUAUGUGAUAGCCACACAAUGAAAAGGUAUGGGGUUAACCCUGACCCCGAAACAUUGCAAAUGAUAAGCCUCGCUGCUAGGCAAAUGGAGAUUACAGUUGUCAUGAAAAUUUUCUGGGGGGAUGCUCGUGAGAAGUUAUGUGAAGCAAUUGACAGAACUCCCUUGAGCUGUCUGGUCAUAGGGAACAGAGGGCUUGGAAAGAUCAAGAGGGCUAUUAUGGGAAGUGUAAGCAAUUAUGUGGUGAAUAAUGCUACCUGUCCUGUUACUGUUGUGAAGAAGGCAGAAGACUAAUUAUACAAUGAGCUGAACUCCUAUACAGGCAGAGCUGAUUUAUUGUCAUUGAGAUCUAAGCUUAUGUUAAAAUAAUCUUAUCUGUUUUGUAAGCUUGAUUAGGAUCAAGCUUGAACAUGUUGAUGUGUGUAUUAUGUACCCUCAUUUUGAACGUAUGUAAUUCCAGUCAUGUUGUGGUAAAUAAACUUUUUGAACUCUUUCAA